CCCGCCGCCGGUGCAGCUAAGUGGCUGCCGGGCGACGGGUUUCCGGGGCUCCUCUCCGGCUGCUGGGUGCCGGGUCCUGGCCGCAUGGGCAUCCUCCGAGGCGGGCCCCCGUGCGCUCGGGCCAUGGCGCGCCUGGGCGCGGUGCGUUCCCAUUACUGCGCGCUGUUGCUGGCCGCGGCGCUCGCCGUCUGUGCCUUCUACUACCUGGGCUCGGGCCGGGAGACCUUCUCCAGCGCCACCAAGAGGCUGAAGGAGGCCCGCGCCGGAGCCCCCGCGGCGCCCUCCCCGCCGGUGCCGGAACAGGCGCGCGGGUCCGUGGCGCCCGCCCUGGGUGCCAAGGCCAAGAGCCUGGAUGGCGGCGGGGCCGGGCCGGUGGACUACCACCUGCUGAUGAUGUUCACCAAGGCGGAGCACAACGCCGCGCUGCAGGCCAAGGCCCGCGUCGCGCUGCGCUCCCUGCUGCGCCUUGCCAAGUUCGAGGCGCAUGAGGUGCUUAACCUGCACUUCGUGAGCGAGGAGGCCAGCCGCGAGGUGGCCAGCCUGCUGCGGGAGCUGCUGCCGCCCGCCGCCGGCUUCAAGUGCAAGGUCGUCUUCCACGAUGUCGCCGUGCUGACCGACAAGCUCUUCCCCAUCGUGGAGGCCAUGCAGAAGCACUUCAGCGCCGGCUCCGGGACCUACUACAGCGACUCCAUCUUCUUCCUCUCAGUUGCCAUGCAUCAGAUCAUGCCCAAAGAGAUCCUGCAGAUAAUACAGCUGGACCUAGACCUAAAGUACAAGACCAACAUCCGGGAAUUGUUCGAGGAGUUUGACAAUUUCCUGCCAGGCGCCAUCAUUGGCAUCGCGCGAGAGAUGCAGCCGGUGUACAGGCACACAUUCUGGCAGUUCCGCCAUGAGAACCCCAAGACCCGGGUUGGGGGCCCGCCGCCCAAGGGGCUCCCUGGCUUCAACAGUGGGGUGAUGCUGCUGAACCUGGAGGCCAUGCGCCAGUCCCCGCUCUACGGCCGCCUGCUGGAGCCGGCACAGGUGCAGCAGCUGGCCGACAAGUACCACUUCCGAGGCCACCUCGGGGACCAGGACUUCUUCACCAUGAUCGGCAUGGAGCACCCCGAGCUCUUCCACGUGCUGGACUGCACCUGGAACCGGCAGCUCUGCACCUGGUGGAGGGACCACGGCUACAGUGACGUCUUCGAGGCCUACUUCCGGUGCGAGGGCCACGUCAGGAUCUACCACGGGAACUGCAACACCCCUAUCCCGGAGGUCUAGGCUUCCAUUUUGAGAGAAAGAACAAACAGAACUUCUGCAGCUCCCAGUGAGCUCUGAGCCAGUGAACCAGAGCUGGCCCGGAUUUUAAGCAUUCAAACGGAGGCGACCUCCCACGUGUGCCCCCAGGAGGCUGCGCUCACGCCCAGGAUGCUCACGUUGCCUGCUGCAGGGGUGAAGACCGCCGCCUCUUUGGAGAGGGACUUCAGUGCCAGCGGUGGCCCACAUCCCAAAGCUGGUCUCAUUACAUGGCCUUCGCAGCUCUCACCUCCCAGCUGCGUCACAGGCCUCUGUAUCCCCUAUUCGGCUGGGCCAGCUCCAGGGGACGAGACUGUGCUCAGAAAUCAAAUCCGUCAUCAAAGAACAGAGGUCGGCCACCCCCGAGGGCAUGCAGUGGGGUUGUCUGGGCUGGGAAGACUCAUUCCAACGAGGAGCCCAGCCGUGCCUGCGUGUGACCAUGUGGCUCGGACGGGCUGGUGCUCUGAGGCCUGUAAGCAUUCCAGUCUCUGUUUAAAAAACCCUCCUCCAGACUUUCCCACUGCACAGGUCAGACCUGCCCCUUAGAGUCCAGCUGAAGUCCUUGGGGAAGACAUGUUGCUGGAUUUUCAUCUUAUUUUAUUUCAGGUUCAUUUACUUUUUUAUUUCCUUUCAUCGUGAGUGAGAAUAGCUAAUAAAUAAUCUUCAAGAACACAGUUUA